AUGUACGGGCUGCUGUGUGAGAGUCUUCAUGACUUCAUCAAGGAGUCGUAUGGGGAUGAUGUGUGGAAGCUAGUCAGAGAAAGAGCAGAUGUCAGGCUGCACUCCUUUGUCACCCACCAGGUGUACAGUGAGAGUGUGAUUCCCCGUAUUGCAAAGGCAGCUAGUGGAGUGACAGGCACGCCCUACAAUGAGCUGAUGAACUCCUGGGGUGUCUACUUCCUGGGCUUUGUUGGCAAGUACGGCUAUGACAGGAUCCUCAAGGUGCUGGGCCGUCAUGUACGUGACUUUGUCAAUGGCCUUGAUAAUCUCCACGAGUAUCUGCGCUUCAGCUACCCCAAGGUGCAGCCUCCAACAUUCUUCUGCCAGGAGGAGUCUGCCACUGGAGUCACCCUCCACUACAGGAGUAAACGCAAAGGCUACCUCCACUACGCCAUGGGUCAGUUGAGGCAGAUGGGGAAACAGUUCUACGACACAGACAUCCAUGUGGAGGUGCUGUCUGAGCAGAUGGUCGGAGACUACUCCCAUGUCACCAUGAGGCUGAACUUCGACAACUCAGCCUACCGCUACAUCAUGAAGGAGGAUGAGGAAGAGCAGGAGAUUUUGCCCAUUACCUCAGACUUCUUCUUUGAGGUCUUCCCCUUUAACAUCGUCUUCAGGCAGGACAUGGUGGUGCAUAACGUUGGCUCAGGCCUUGCCACAGUUUUCCCUGAUCUGGAUGGGAAGAAAAUCAACGAUGCCUUCUUGCUGGCUCGCCCCCUAGUGGAGUUCACCUGGAACAUGAUCAUCUCCCAUCCCAACAACCUGUUUGAGAUCAUGUCCAAGGAGCCUGUGAAGAGAGAGAGGAACCUUCACAACCGAGUCCAGAAUUCUGACUAUGAAAACGCCAAUCGCUCUGCUGAUGUAGAUGUGGAGCUCAUGGCUUUCCAGUCCAUCAUUGGAGAUGAUUACAAAGACGGCAACAGCGCUAAUGCGAUGGAGAGCUGGGGCGAUGGGAGCCGCUGCCUAAAACUAAAAGGACAAAUGAGGUAUAUGCCGGAGUGGGAGUCCAUCAUCUUCCUGGGAACCCCUGUGAUGGAGAGUCUGAGUGCUAUGUUUAAGACCGGCCUGUACAUCAAUGACCUGAGCAUGCACGACUCCAGCAGAGACCUGGUGCUGGCAGGCACGCAGCAGUCAGAGGAGCUGAAGAGAGCUCUCAUACAGGAGCAGAAGAAGUCAAGUAAGUUGGAGGAGAGCAUGAAGAUGUUGGACUAUGAGAUGAAGAAGACUGAUGACCUUCUGUACAGGAUGAUUCCCAAGCCAGUGGCUAAAAGGCUGCGCAAAGGAGAGCCGGCUGUAAACACGUGCGAGGUGUUCCCAGAUGUGACCAUUCUUUUCAGCGAUGUAGUGGGAUUUACUCGUAUUUGCAGCCACAUCACUCCAAUGCAGGUGGUCUCCAUGCUCAACACCAUGUACACACUGUUUGACACGCUCAGCGAGAAGCACCGCGUCUUCAAGGUUGAGACUAUUGGAGAUGCCUACAUGGUGGUAGCCGGAGCUCCAGAGAAGACAAAGUAUCACGCUCAUAACAUCUGCGACAUGGCCCUGGACAUGGUGCGCUCCAUAGAUCACCUGAAAGACCCCUCUAAUGGCAACAACAUACAGAUUCGUGUUGGGAUCCACUCUGGGAUGGUUGUGGCAGGUGUGGUGGGACAUAAGAUGCCACGUUACGGUCUGCAUGGCGACACAGUGCACACUGCAUCUGCCAUGGAGAGCAAUGGAAAGGAGAUGCACAUUCAGCUCAGCAGUGCCACCUACGAGCACCUGAAGGGAAGUCACUUUAUUUUUGAAAGGAGGGGUAUCAUUACCAUCAAGGGGAAUGUAGAAAUUGAGACCUACUGGCUGAAAGGAAAGAGGGACAAAGACGGCAAUGCUCAGGCAGCGUGUCCUCAGUUUGAGACCCAGACUAUCAGUAAGGCCAUCAGCAAGGCCACCGUCACAGGCCCUGAGGCCACAGUGGAUGAGCAGGGACUGGUUUUCCCACUGGUGGCAGGGGAGGACGAGGAUGAUGUAAAGUCUGUUCGCUCUCAUCGUAUCAAGAUGGAGAUUUCAGGCCAUUCUCUGGAGGGGUCGACGGAGGAGUGCCGGGUGGAGAAGAUGUCGGUUCAUAAGGAUGGCCUCCAUGACUCUCACCUGGAAUUGGACUCACUUCACUCUGACGGCAGAGACUCCAUCAUGGAGUCCCGUAACAGCUCCUGUGACUCCCGCUGCUCCAAGAGUGCCAUGUGCUCCGUGUCAUGAACAAAUGAUGCUUUAGCCAGAAACUCAUUUGUAUUUUUUGCUUUUUUAGGCCAAAUACCAGAUAGGAGUGCAGUUUUUGCUGCUCUUUUUGCCUUUUUGGAAGAGUUCUUAUAGUGAUGCCAUGGUAAUCUCUAAUGCUGUGUUGUUUAUACAUGGACUAGUCUGUAAUGCUUGAAAUUUGUAGUGGCAUUGUGUGUUGUUAUAUUGCACAGCAAAAUCAUCAGUGCUCAUUUAGCGCUGUACAAUACAGAAAUCCAUCUCAGCUGUCGUUAAACAGUUUUAACAGCUGCCUCUGAGCUUUUCCAUCCCUAGGAGUGACACAGACACUUCCCCAAUUAAUACCCCAAAGCCAUUGCCACUAAAACAUUGCUGUGUACCUAUUGUAUAUUGUGUUUUAGUAUCAAAAAGUGUUCACUGUCAGCUGGACACAAGCUCGGUAAUUUUCUGCACUGUACUUGCACUUGUUUCAUCCUGUGAAGAAAUCACUCGGACUCUGUCCUCCAUCCCUCUCCCUCCUCUCUCCUUCUCGCAUGCCUGAACUCAUUGUUCUAUAUCAGUCUCGUCAAAAACACAGCCACAGCACAAUGUAAACGCUUGUCAUCUCACUGAAAAUAAAGCAAGAUGACUGCUGA